CUGAGCCAGCGUCCGGGAAAGGCGGCGGCGGCUUCGGCGCGCGGCCCCGCUCCCUGCCACCACCCCAGACCGGCCACCUCUUUGCCAUGGCUCUGGCGGACAGCACACGUGGAUUACCCAACGGGGGCGGCGGCGGGGGUGGCAGCGGCUCGUCGUCCUCCUCGGCGGAGCCGCCGCUCUUCCCCGAUAUCGUGGAGCUGAACGUGGGGGGGCAGGUGUAUGUGACCCGGCGCUGCACGGUGGUGUCGGUGCCCGACUCGCUGCUCUGGCGCAUGUUCACGCAGCAGCAGCCGCAGGAGCUGGCCCGGGACAGCAAAGGCCGCUUCUUUCUGGACCGAGACGGCUUCCUCUUCCGCUACAUCCUGGAUUACCUGCGGGACUUGCAGCUCGUGCUGCCCGACUAUUUCCCCGAGCGCAGCCGGCUGCAGCGCGAGGCCGAGUACUUCGAGCUGCCCGAGCUCGUGCGCCGCCUCGGGGCGCCCCAGCAGCCCGGCCCCGGGCCGCCGCCGCCGCACUCGCGGCGCGGGGUGCAGAAGGAGGGCUCGCUGGGCGACGAGCUGCUGCCGCUCGGCUACGCGGAGCCCGAGCAGCAAGAGGGCUCGUCGGCCGGGGCGCCGUCGCCCACGCUGGAGCUGGCUAGCCGCAGCCCGUCCGGGGGUGCGGCGGGCCCGCUGCUCACGCCGUCCCAGUCGUUGGACGGCAGCCGGCGCUCGGGCUACAUCACCAUCGGCUACCGCGGCUCCUACACUAUCGGGCGGGACGCGCAGGCGGACGCCAAGUUCCGGCGAGUGGCACGCAUCACCGUGUGCGGCAAGACGUCGCUGGCCAAGGAGGUGUUCGGCGACACCCUGAAUGAGAGCCGGGACCCGGACCGGCCUCCCGAGCGCUACACUUCGCGCUAUUACCUCAAGUUCAACUUCCUGGAGCAGGCCUUCGACAAGCUGUCCGAGUCGGGCUUCCACAUGGUGGCGUGCAGUUCCACCGGCACCUGCGCCUUCGCCAGCAGCACCGACCAGAGCGAGGACAAGAUCUGGACCAGCUACACGGAGUACGUCUUCUGCAGGGAGUGAGCUCCCCAGACCCCCUCGCGGCUCCAGCUCUCCCAUCCCCCCUCCUUCCUGCCGAGGAGAGGAUUAUAGAUCUCCCCUCCUAUCCCACGCCUUUCCAUUCCCCUGUCUCCCACCUUUAGUAGCUGGGCCAGGCCCACUCACCGCCCCCCCGCCCCCACUUGAGAACCUGCAGCCGCAAAUCCUCUCGGCUUCUUCGUCUUCUUUGGACCCCGCUAACCGAGAGAGCCCCCUCCAGUGCUUCCUCUGCCCCCUGACUCAAACCACCCCUCCCCUGGAUUGUCCUUCAGUCUGGAUCUAAUGGGGGCAGUGUGACCACAAAGUCACCAAGUACCUGGGGAUGGCAGAAUUGUUCAGAACCUGAUUGGACCCUGUCCAGUGUGUAGAAGAUUGAAAUCCCAAGCCCUUUUGACUCAUUCGCGGCUUAAGAGAUCAGAAUUGAGAACACUGGGAAUAGUUAGUGUUUUAAAAGGUCAUUACGUAACCUUUUGGCCCUCUUUAAAGGUAGAGUUUUAGAGGGCUGGAUGGAAGACUCUGGACCUGGAAUUAGGAUCCCGUGUAGGCAGGUCAGUGACUACAAAAUGAAUAAAGUUUUGACAAGUUAUAGGUAGAAGUAGGAAAAGAAUCUAGUGCUGGCACAAUGAAGGAUCGUAUCUCUUCCGUGCACAACGAAAGGUCUUCGCCUGUGGCUUAAACUUGUAGAAAGUCACUCUCCUGCGUUAGGAGGCAUCCUUUCUCCUUGGCUCCAGCGCGCGUUGCGCUUAGUUCGACUGGUCGACAUGGCCGCCCUUCCUGGCGGGAGGGAGCAAGAGUGCUAACGCCGGCAAGGGCCAGACAGCCCAGGUCACCAAGCACUGCGGGAAGUCACCCGGCCGUGACUGUAAACGGAGCUGGGUAGUAGUAAUGCACGCCGUGGGUAUUAAGAAAGCCCGUAUUCUUGCAGUGAAUGGCAGUAGGACUUUAGCUUGUAAGACUUGGG